CUGUUCCUUGUUAGGAGUGAUAGUGAACAUACAAUGCAGCUGUUAUAAUAACUAAUUUAAUUCGAGAUACUUGUUAAUUUUACAUUAUGCCACAUUCCUAUUACACCGAUAAAAGUGUUUCACAUGUUUGUGUGUUAUUGUGCCGAGUGCGAUUUUUUAAAGUGAAAGCAUGAGUAAUGAAAACAAUCAGUACUUUGUUGACUCUAGUCCAAAUGAUGGCAAGUGCCAAAUAUCAGAUGGUGUUUGCGAACAUGUAUUUUAUUUACAUCAACAGUCUCAAUAUAUUGAUGAUCUUAGAUCCCAGUUAAGUACAAUGAUGGCAGAAAGAGACCUUCUUUUAUGUGAAGUCAGUCGUCUUAAGUUUGAAUUGGAGAUUGCUGAUAUUAAAAGAAUAAAUGAAGAUAGAUCAGAAAAUACCAAACAGGAUAGUAGUUCUACUGAAGUUCAUCAACAUUUCAUUAAUGGAACCACUCAUGUGCAUACAGAAAUAAAUAAAAGUGAAGGUUAUAAAAAUGAAAGUAUCCCAUCUAAUACAUAUCCUGCUCAUAAUUGGUCUCAAAGUGUUAAUAAAAAAGGAUCAUUUCGAAACAAUAAUGAGGCCUUGCAGAGAUCAAGAAUGCAGCAUGUCUAUGAGUUGUCGCAAGACCUUCUAGACAAACAGAUUGAAAUGCUUGAGAGAAAAUAUGGUGGUGACAAAGCCAGAAAUGCAGCUUUGACUAUUCAGCGAGCAUUUCGCCAUUAUACUUUAGUUAAAAAGUUUGCUACAAUUACUUCUAUGGCAAAAGCUGAAAAGAGGUUUAGUAGGAGAUUGAUGGGAUUCCAGGAAGAAGGAAGUGACUCCAGGAUGCUAGAUUGUUUUUCUAGUAGUACUAACUUAAAAUCUCAAAAUCCUAAUUUACCGCUAAGAUCACUCUCAAUGAGGGAGAAACGAAGUUUAAGCAGCCCAAUGCCUAGUUUACCCAGGAGCUAUUCUGGGCGAUGUGAAUUAGCAUGUUAUUCCACCACCAAUAUGAAUCAGGAUUGUUCAUCAAGAGAUACGUGUGGUGUAGAUAACAAGCAGGAAGAAUCUAAUGGUGCAUCGAAAUCUCGCACUAAUCGGGUACCACCAGAAGUUCCUAAAAGAACAUCUUCUAUUUCUGUCCGUUCAUUAGAAAAUCCCACCAAUAUAAAUCUGAAUAAAAAUUCAGAUAGUGGAAGCGUUUCCAGUGUUCAGUCAUCUGGUAGCGAUUCUAGUGUGAUUCCUCCAGUUACCAACAUUAAAACUCCUUUGGUUCCAGAAACUGUAAGAAAAAGACAGUAUCGUGUUGGACUAAAUUUGUUCAAUAAAAAACCUGAACGUGGUAUAAGUUACCUUGUCAAAAGAGGCUUCCUUGAGAAUUCUCCUCAAAGUAUUGCUCAAUUUCUAAUUACAAGAAAAGGGUUGAGUAAGCAAAUGAUAGGUGAAUAUCUCGGUAAUCUUCAAGAUCCAUUCAAUGGAGCAACAUUAGAGUAUUUUGCUCAAGAGCUAGAUCUUUCGGGUAUGCAAGUUGAUGUUGCUUUAAGGAAAUUUCAAACCUACUUUCGAAUGCCUGGUGAAGCCCAGAAAGUGGAAAGAAUAAUUGAAAUCUUUAGUCAUAGAUAUUGUCAGUGUAAUAGAGAUAUGGUUUCAAGGCUUAGAAACCUUGAUACUGUUUUUGUAUUAGCAUUUGCUAUAAUUAUGCUUAAUACUGACCUUCAUACUCCUAACCUGAAAGCAGAGCGCCGAAUGUCAUUAGAAGACUUCAUAAAAAAUCUUAGAGGAGUCGAUGAUUGUUGUGAUAUUGAUAAAAAUAUGCUUAUUGGAAUAUAUGAAAGAGUUAAAGCUAAUGAAUUUAAAACAGGUUCAGACCAUGUUGCUCAAGUUUUAAAGGUCCAGUCUACUAUUGUUGGCAAAAAACCAAAUUUAGCUUUGCCUCAUCGCCGUCUUGUUUGUUAUUGCCGUCUGUAUGAAGUUCAUGACAUAUAUAAAAAAGAACGCCCUGGUGUUCAUCAAAGAGAAGUAUUUUUAUUUAAUGACUUGCUUGUGAUAACUAAAAUAUUGAGUAAGAAGAAAAGUUCAGUAACCUACACCUUUCGCCAGAGUUUUUCACUCUCAGGCCUUGCUGUUUCAUUAUUUGAAGUACCAUGUGAGUAAACAUCAAAACUUUGGUUUAGGAUUUGUAAAGGAGGGUUUACACCAAAAUGUCAACAGUAAUAUUGAUAUUAGUAGAAAUGCUAUUAAUAUUUUGAUGCCUAUUAUUAUUGUUGUUGUUAUCAUUGCUUUUGUUGUUAAGAAUAUUUAUAGCAAAAAUGUUAAAAGCAUUUAUGUUAUUUACAUUUUAAUACAUACCCUUCUGUUUACACUAGUCAGUAGCAAAAUGUUAUUAACAUUGCUUUUGCCUUGCUUUCUACUGGAGUACAAAAGUAGACUUGAUCCCAUAUAUUGGAUAUAAAAUAAUAGAUUAAAGUUAAAUUAGAUUAAGAAUAUUUUAUUAAAUCAAGCAUAAUUCUUUCAUUGCUUAUGCUUUAAAUUACUGUAAAGAUUUUGUUAUAUUUUAUAUUUUCUUUGGUUAUUAGUUAUUAUUAUCAUAUUUAUUUUUCUUAUUAUUAUCAAUUUCAUUUAUAUUUUUAUAGUAAAACUAAAAAAUGUAAAAAUAUCCGUAUGCGAUAGUUUUCGACACCGCCUAUUCAAUUUUCAAAAACCUAAACAAUUAAAUCUGGCAUCCUUCAGAAUGAAAGAACUACAAUAUUGUGCAGGAAUGUGUGUUUCUUGCUCAAAACACAAAACACAUCCUUCCUGGGCAACACCUGUUAGGUUAGGUUUCCAAUCUUUAGCAAUUUUUUCAUUUAUAAAACUAAAUAAAUAGUGAGAGAUGCUAGUAUAUGCAAGUGCAGAAGGGAUUUCCGCUUCAAAUGAGCAUCUUUUACCAGUUCAAGACCAUUCCCAUAUGCAUAAUAUUCUUCAAUAACUGCAAUUAGGUGCCGACAACUGGAGUUUUCAUAAUCAGACACAAUCAGUAUGAUUAGUAGUGUUCCCAUCUGGCAAUAUCCGAGUUCCUUUGUGAUUUUCUUUAUGUCUAAACAUUUUCACUCGUGAUUUCAUGUUUACUGUAUUUUCCGAUAGUAGGGAUAAAAGCUUAUAGUUUUAGAAUAUCAUUUGCUGAAUUAAUAGUAAUAUUGAUGGCUUACCCCUCUAACCUGGUUAGACCAUAAAAACUCAUUAUCAUAAAAAACACACUCAUUAUGAGUUUUUCGUUUUGUAUGAAAUUAAUUUAUUUUUAAAAGAAAAUAAAAAUUUUAAUUAGAUCAAUAUAAGCAAAGAUACUGCUAAAAAUUGUUGUAUUGGAAUUUUUCCGGUACUCAAACCCUUAAGAUAAUUGUGUGAGUCUUUAGAAAUAGAAAAUAACUUUAUUCUGGGACAAAGCCCCUUUAGAAUAACAAAAUAGAACAUAAUUAAAAUACUACAUCUGACCAAAACAAAAUAAUAAUAAAAAAGAGAAAGUAAAGAAAAUAUUAGUCAAACUAGCUAUAUACAAAAAAAAAAAAAAAAAUUCUAUAUACAAAACACUUAAAACUAUGAUAAAACACUUAAGACUGUGUACAGUAGGAAAAAUUAUAAUUUUACUCUUUUGAAAAAUAAAAUACAUUGAGUUCUUCUUUAAAAUGAGGUGUGUUUCUGCUAACAAAGAAAAGACAAAGCUGACAAUAUAAAAUAUCAGUGUAUUUAAAUAAUGAUUAAUAUGUAGACUCAUCAUUGUCAAAUGCUAGCUAUAGGUACAGAUUUAAUUAUAUACGAAUAAAAAACACAAACAAACAAUAGAUGCGGUCAGUGGCAUUAAGAUAUUGUAAUAUUCCUAGUGAAGUUCACAGUAUAGAAUAGUACUAUCGUUUGAUGAUGUCUAGAAAUGUAUAAUUUCAAAAGUUUAGCAAGUAUCUGACUGUUUUUGGGAUAGGAAUUGGAAUAGGAGGGACUUGAAUGUGGAUAUGGAGGGGGAAUGCCGAAUUUUGAUAGGUAGAGAAUUCCAGAAAUUGACAGCGCUAGCUAUAAAGGAAUUCUGAAAUGAGGCAGAUCUGUGAGAAGGGAUGUAGAGGUCAGAAGGUCGAGAUCUUGUUGAUAGGGAAUGGACUGAGGACUUAAAUUGGAGAAGGUUGUAGUCAUAAGAAGGACGAUGGUUGUUGAUGAUUCGAUAGAGGAACGUACCUAGGAAAUAUUGUCUUCUAAAUUCUAAAGGAGGGGAAGAGCCACCUUAACUCAGUGUAAUGGUGAGAGACAUGGGAGUACCUCGAGGCACCAAUAACAAAUCUUACGCAGCUAUUCAUUAAUCUUUUCAGUCUAUCACGGAGCUCCACCGAGAGGCCAUCAUACACCACACAGCUGUAGUCAAAGUGAGGGAAGAUGAGAGAGGAAAUUAGGAGUCUACGGGUAUGUUGAGGUAGGAGAUGGCGGAAGUGAUGAAAUAGUUUAAGGGUAGAGAUUGUCUGACGGGAAAUGUAAUAAGUCUUUAGUAUGCAUCUGGUGUAGAUAGUUCCAGAACUACGAUCUUCCACCACUUAAUAUUGUGGAUAAGUUGAAGAAAUUUCCAUUGAUGAUUGCUAACCUUUAAUAAGUUAUUAAGUUAAUUUCUACUUGGUGGUAAUCUAAGGCAAAGUCAGUUUUUCCCCCCAUUUAUCCUUGUUGCAGAAUUUAUAAAAAAAAAUAUCAGGACUCAAUGGGAGUGAUUUUAUUAGGUAAGUAAUGAACUAAUCCUCCUCCAUAUCAAAAUUAUCUGUUAAAUGAACAUAUUGAAAUGAAUUAAUAAUCAAUAAAUGCAUUCAUAUAAUUUUUAUUAUUUAAAAUUAUGUUUAUGAGCCAUGUCUUUCCAGACUAUCCAUUUGGAAUAAGAUUAUCCCAAAGAGUAGAUUCACAAAUUCUGAUCACAUUCAAUGCUCGAAAUGAUCAUGACCGUUGCAAGUUUGUAGAAGAUAUACGUGAAUCUAUUAGUGAAAUGGAUGAGAUGGAAAAUUUGAGAAUUGAAGCAGAGCUGGAAAAACAAAAAUCUAAUAGAAAUGGAAGAUCUGUAAAUGGAAACUGCAAUGAAAAUAGAGACAGUGGAGUUGCUGAUAUUGAAGUUUGCGCUUGCAUUCAUAGUGAAUCUCCUACUCAUUUUAAUGAAAGUCAUGGUAACAUAAAAAGAUCAGCUUUGAGUAAUUCUUUGCUUGAUAUUCAUGAGCAGACACAGUGUGGUUCAGUACAAUUUUCGGAACCCCCGCAGAUCUACUCAACUUCCCUUGAUCAGUCUGAUUCACUGUGAUAUUGUUUCGUCAUUGUUUUGUAUAUAGAAUAUUGAUUAUGAAUUUUGAGUGAGAUUUCAGUAUUUAUUAAUAUUUUGCUAAUGUAGUCUGAACUAAAUAGUUUUGGUCUGAACUUUAAGAAAAAUGUCUUUUCAGUAUUAUCAGUUUUCUUUGCUCAAAAGUGUUCAAAUUAUAUUAAUAUAUUUUACACAUAUUUAUUUGUGAAAUAAAAAAUAUUCUUAAGUUAUUUUAAUACCAUGUUUUACACUUCUAUAUUUAGGAAAACAUUUUGGUUCUAUAUGCAAAUUGAUGCCUGUUAUACAUGUACACUUCCUUUUAAAUCUCAUUUUUUAACUCAAUGUAACAAUGUCCUUGCAAGAAAAUUUAUUAUCUUUAAUUUUGUGAUGGCUGUUUUAUCUAAUAAAUGUUUAUUUACUAAUGCCCAUACUUUUUAGGCAGUCAAUUAAAAACAAAAUUAAAAAAUAUAAUUUUCCAAAAUUGAAUUUUUUUUUCUCAAGUUGAAAAAACAUAUUAAUUUAAAAUGAUAAAUAACUUUUACUGUUAUUGAACAAUUAAAUUGUUUUAUAUAACAAGCCUCAAUAAAUCUAUUUUUAAAUCUUUAGAAUGCAUAGGCUCUUGGUGAAUGAUUCUUCUUAAUUUUCAGACCAAAGCUUAUUAAAUGAGUUCUAUGCUCAUGAGGCUAUAAUCAUCAUGUUCCUUUUAUAAUCUUGAAAUAUAUUAUAGUUAAAAAAUUACAGUACUUGUGUUAAAAACGAUAUUUUUACUACUCAAAGUAUAAUGAUAUAUUUAUUUCAGCAUUUAGGAAUAGUAAGUGAGGUUAUUAAGUAAGAGUGAUCAAAAGUAUGUGCCAAUUUUGCCAUAACAUUUUAUUUUUUAUGGGAAUUAUAUGAAUCAUAUCUAAUUUUUUUUAAAAUUUUUAAUUGAAUCCAAGAUUUAAACUAAAUUUAUAAAUAUUUCCAUCCAUUUGAUGUAAUUGUUAAAUAAUAAUCUUAAAAUACAUGAUCUUUCUGCGAAGUAUUUUAUUUUAUUGCAAACAAUUAUAUUCAGUUUAUAUUUAAUAAAAUUUAUUAACUUUUUUCCUCUUAACCAUGGGAAUAUUAUGAUCUAUUUCAUUUAUUUUGAUCAGCUGAAUUUCAUUUAAAUAAAUAUAUUCAUAAAAUAUUUUGCUAAUUCUGAAUAUUAAGAUUGGGUCUUUUUUUACAAACCCAAUUGUAAAAUUAUUCAUUACAUGAUCCAUUUUCCCUAAAAAUAUUAAGUUAAAUAAAUACCUUUAGGUUACUGUACAUGUUCUUAUUAAAUAAUUGAAUUAGACAUGUAUCGUGGGUAAUAAAAUGAUUAAUAGUGCAUGAUAUUUUUUCAUAUUAGUUUUAAAAGAAUGAAAAAAUAUCGGCAUGUUAGGGCUCUUCAAUAAAUUACAGUUUAUAAAAUCUGCUUGUUCUUAAUAAUAUGUUUUUAUAAUUAGUAUAAUUUAUGAUAAAAUUUAAUAAAAAAGUAUUUAUCAACUAUUUAAUUCUUGCUUUAACUCUGGAAACAUGUUAUUAGAUUUUUUCUUAAGUGUAGCAACAGAAUUCUAUUGAAAAUCAUCAUAACUUUAAGUAUAACAUUAAUUUAAAUUCAAUUUAUGAAUGAUUACAUUAAUCACUUAAAAGAGAAAAGGUCUUAGAUUCUUUGUUUUAAACAGUUCUUUCAAACAUAUAAAUUGAAUUUAGAAUAAAAUCAAACUUGUUUUAUUGUUUUGUUUUUUUCUAACUUGCAUAUAUUUUUAAAUAAUUUAUUGUCUUAGAUUCUGUAUUUUAAACAGUUCUACAUAAGAUUAAACCUUAUUUUAUUAAGUUUUUUUUUCUCACUGCUUACAGUUUCAAUUUGAAAACUAUUUUUUACUUUAAUUGAUUAAAAGUCUUCAGAAAUUUGUAUAAAUCUUUAGUGAACUUUAACUUCCCUUAUUAUGAUUUAUUUUCUGUAUAUUUAACGUGUCCAUGUAUGUACAUUUUAUAUGUAUGUACAUUUUGAAGUCUUAACUCCAUUUUCAGGCUACAAUUUUUCUUUAUAGAGAUACAUUUUCUUAGGCAUUUCGAAUAUUUUUUACAAUUUAUAUAUUAUAUAAUUUUGUUUUAAAUUAGAAUAAAAAAAAAAUAGUUAGUAUCUAAAAAAUAAAUAGUAUCUAUUUAGUCUGUCUCGUCUUUGCCAUGUUUAGAUUUAUACUGCUUUUUUUUUUUUCUACUGCUACUCCCUUUUCUUUUUGUAUAUUCUUCAUUAGAAAAAAGUAAAGUAAAAGGUUCGAGUAUUAGGUUUUUGUUAUCAGUGAAGGAAAAUAUUAAAUUAGUGAACUAUGCCUUAUUAAACGGUUUAUUUUAUAUAUAUAUAUAUAUAUAUAUAUAUUUAUUUCAGUUGUGUGGUUUGAUAGUUUUAUACUAUGUUCAUUUAGAUGUUAAGUGGAAAGGUUUUCUGACAUAUUUAACUGAAGUAUUGAAAAUUUAAUGAUAUAUAUUAUACUAAUUAUGCUAAAUAGUUGCUGUAUUUUGAGCCCUGACAUGUUUUUUUUGCUUUACAUUGCUUAGGUCAAAAUUAUCUGAUUUUAAUGAUAUCGAAAUACCAGGCUAUCCAAAUGUCCGAGUUCAAUAUCAUUGAGCUACAGUAUUUUAUAUUUCACUUUCAAGGAGUGAUUUAAUUACAGUAAAUACAUAUUAUUUAAUUAAUGAUGCUAAUCUUGGUUUGUAAUUUUUUGAAAUCAGUGUUAUAUGCCUAAGGAUAACAUUUUUUCAUUCUGUAAAUUAAAAUAUCCUUUUAUUUUGUUCAUAUUUGUUUUUAUUUAUUAUUUAAAACACUUACUCAUAUGAAUUACUGUCUCCUCUAUUUAACCUAGAAAUUCAAACCUUAGAAUAUUGUGACAUACAUCUAUAUGUUUGCUACAUUUACAAUUUUUAUUCAUCAUUUUCUAUAGUAUUAAUUAUUCAGGUUUAAUUUUUUUAAAUUUUAUUUUACAUUUUUCUAAAUGUUAACCAACAUUUUUUAUUGUUAUCAAGUAUAAGUAAUUUUAGUAUCGAUUUUUGAAAUGGCCCCUCGUUUAAAUGUAUAUUUUUUUAUCACUAACGAAUGUCAUUGUAUUUCAUACCAUUGUACUGCUUGUGUGUAUAUAUAUAUAUAUAUAUAUAUAUAUAUAUAUGAUAGAUUUUAUAAUUUGUAUGUAUGAUUUUAAGAAGAUCACAUUAUGAAUAGAUGUAGAAAGUGUGUAUUUUCGUUAUAAAAAUAGAUUUUGUAUUAAUCUUGGACUUGUAUUAAUAGCACUUAAAAAUUGCUGCAGGACUAAAUACCCUCAUGAUGAAUCUAUUUCAACAGGGUUGGUCACAUUUUAGCUUUUUUUGUCUACAUUAGAAAUUAGUCUAAAUUGAUAUACUUUAAGUUGUAAAAGACUGAUCUAACUUAUAGCACUGCAAUAAUAUUUGUGGUAAAAUUAUGUAUCAUUGUAUGGUUUGCAAUUUUCAUUAUAUUUGCUGUUACUAGUCUUAUAAUAUGUAUGAUAUUUUAAAAUUAUUUUUAUUUCGUCAUUAAUCGUUUUUUGUUUACUCUAUUGUCUGAGGAUGAUAGAUUAGAACUAAAUUGGAUGUUUGGAUAACUGGAAUUCUAUUAUGUUUCAUGAUUGAACAGUGUAACUUCAUAUAUUAUUGCCUAUAUUUUGUAAUUUUUAUGUUUCCCCUUGAUACAUUUUAUUUUAAAUUCAAGAUUUAAGAUACAAAAUGAAAAUAAACAGUAUUAAAAACAAAAUGAAACAUUUUUAAUAUAACAAUUCAACUCUGAUUCAGCCGUAUUAUAUUAGUUUGUGUUUUAUUGUUUUUUUUGCUUAUAGAGAAGUUAAAAACCAGUACACAUGUGUAAAUUAACAUUGUAGCCUUAUGAAAUUGUCAUAUAUUUUUGUGUAUUCUUUUAAUGUAAAUUAAUUGUAUUUAUAUGAGCUAAACGGUAAUAUCUAUUGUACCUGCAAUAAAAAUUUAAGUAACUGCUAAAAGCAUAUUAAAUUUUAAUCUAGUCAUUGCCACAUUCAUAUUUUACUAAACAAUUAUAUUAAAAUUGGAUAUUUUAAUGUAUAACUGCAUUAUGUAAAUUUUAUAUUGUUUAUCAGUUUUAUUUUUUGGAAUGAAAUUAAAAUUUUUUAGCAUUAAAAAAUUUGCUAAGCAGAUCAGAUCUCAGUGUUUUACAUUUAUUAAAACAAUAAGCUAGUCUUCUUUACCAGUGAAAAUAGUUUUGUGAAAUAAUAUUGUUUGUAACUCAUUUGUUAUUAUAUGAUAUCUAACAAUAUGUAAUAUGUGUUAUUGUGGUAAAAAAAAAAAAAAAUGGAAAAAAUAAAAAAAAAUGAAACAAAAAUAAGAUUCUUUGUUUAAAGAGCAUCGCUGUAAUAUACACUGGUAAUUAUUUCUGUUAACACUUAAUUAUUUUUUUUAAUCUCUUAAUGAAACAUGUUUCUUUUCUAUAUUUAUAGAUAUUAAUAUCAUCUCUUUUUAUAUUUAUUAUUAUUUUUGUUUAAUUUGUCUGGAAUCACUUUAAAUAAAUAUAUCAUUCUGUUAUGUUCUUAAAUUAGUAUAUUUAAUGACCCUAUUGCUAUGAAAUUUAAUUAUAGGUAAAGCAAAUAAAAUAUCAAUUUUGUUUUAUAUGACAAUUAUGGAGCCAGG